ACUAACACAAUUUGCCGUGAUCGGCAGGUUGUGCCCGUGAUCAACGAAGCACUGGACACGAUCAAGUUCGACGUGGUGGUCUACUCCAUGGACUGGCACCCGAACGACCACCUCUCGUUCGUCACAAACGUGCUGAAGUACCCGCUGCACCCGACAUCACCGGUAAAAGCAGAAGAGGCAAAAACAUGUGAUAAGGUCGUGUAUGACGGCGACCCGAUCAAGGAGCAGAUUUUGUGGCCUCCUCACUGCAUCCAGGAUUCGUGGGGCGCAGAACUGCACCCCGAUCUCAAGAUCGUGGACGGUGCUCUGUGGAUCAAGAAGGGCCACAACCCCGAGAUCGACUCCUACUCUGCCUUCUUCGAUAACGCCAAGAUCUCCGACACGGGUCUGAGCCGACAGCUGCGCCAGCGAGGCGUCACCGACGUCUUUGUUUGCGGCAUCGCGACAGACGUCUGCGUCGGUGCGACUGCUACACACGCUCUGGACGAGGGCUUCAGAACCAUCCUCGUUGAUGAUGCCUGCAGAGGAGUGUGUACAGAUGAGAUCGAGAAGCUCAAACAGAACAUCAUGAAAGCGAACGGCGUCGUGAUCAACUCCACCCAGGUGAAGUCGAUGGUUCAGGGCCGUGAUCGUCGUCCGGAGCUGGGCUACAAGCUCGCCAUGAGACUCCAGGAGACUAGCCAGUGACAAUCGGCGAUACCAGCCGCCGGCGCUCAGCGAUAGGUGACGCUGCCUGCCGGCCGUGUGCGACCCUAGGUGACGCUGCAGUCGUUCUGGGAGGCCGGCAGGCAGCAUUGCUGCAUCGUCCACACCGAGUAGUUGUGAUAUAUUAUUAUCCUGGCUGGCUUCAGGACAAGUGUCAAAUGGAUCGACACCUUUCGGUGUCGUCCAUUGUGAAGCCGUGUAUUACCUGAAUCUGAUGCACAUGUCUUAUAUCUCACCCACGAAUUCCUAAUACAACUCGAACACCAUUUAGCAAGGAUUGGCAGAUGCAAGAAAUACUGCAUUGUAGUGCGAAUAUAAUAUAGUCCACACACACCGGCCCGUUAUUUCCUUCCUCAGAAUAUUCGAAUCCUUAUCCUCCGUGCAUCCAAACCCUGCUCCGGGCUGGGCGGGCAACUUUAUCUCAUGCGGGAAUACCCGUAAGAGCACGGCCGUAGUGGGGUGCGGUGAGUGCUUGGGGUCUGGUCGGCCGGUCUUUUGGACGGGCUCAGCCCCGGUGGCUGACUAGGGUGCUCACUCAGACCAAUGUACAGCCCUAAUUCCUAGCAUCCUUUCGGCCCUGAAAUGGUCCCGUCAGACCGAAAGGGCUUAACCCAACAAAACAAAAACAACAAACAGUCCAGCUUCAAUAGUUAUUUAUUUCACUAUUACCGCAGGAUGUAAUAAAACUAAUAUUGAGUGGGGAAAAAUCGUCUAGUUUUGUUGGAGCAUUACUGCUUUUUCUGUUUUCUCGUACCUGAAACUCGAUGACAUUCAUGAUAGUAUUCUUGCAGCUCCUUGUACCUUUUAACAUUGUUCAUUUGCUGAAUGUUGUAUGUACGUGAAAGGUGUGGCAAGUAAAUUAUUAGAAGCGUUAUUAAUCAUUCUAAGUAACAAGCUCGCUUUUUUUACUGUUGCUUGUUUUGAUAGAAUGUGCUAGUUUUAUCUUUGGAAUCACGUGAAAGUGACGUGUAAUUUUACAUCAUUCAUGUAGUGUGACGUACCGGUAAUUAUACGAUUACACCCAACAUAGCCAUUGCUUAUCACCUGCCUUCCGAUGAACAUUAUCAUUUAUCAUGUUCAAUACAAUAAACGCUCC